UAAUGUGUAUCAGCUAGAUUGACUUGGUUUCAGUCCAUCAAGAUGAAUGAAAUGAAAGUCAGUAGUUGGUUGGUUAGUUUAAACGUUGGUUAAAAGAGAAAGAAAAAGUUUAAUAAACGAUGCAAUAAUAUAAACUAGGAGCAGUAAAAGAUGAUAGGAUGCUUACAUGUCAGCAACACUCCCAUCUGGUGGCGAGAGCGUUACUGCAUCCCUCCGCUUCCUCGUUGAGGUUUGUUGAAUUCUGACGUGGUGCGUCAAGAGAGGUCACCUGUUUCCUCCGUGGGCUGCCUUGAUUGGACGAAACGCAGCCUGAUGCCUUUUCGUCUCCCGCCCAGCUGUGGCAUGUCAACAGACAGGUGGCACCGGCGUGGGUUUAGGUCAACAAAGCCCACACUAACACGCACACUCGGGGCUUCAUCAGCCAUGUUUUAGCCGGACGACAGCGUGGACUUUUAUCCAAAAUAAGUUGUGUUUGCCGCGCCCCUCCGUAGUACGUGGGGCUUCUAUUUGCCACGGCGUGUGUGCGUGUCCGCAGGUGAUGCCUCAGCUGACUGCCACCGCGGCGCUCCAGUUGGCGCUGCUGCUGUCCGCCUUGCCCGCCCAGUACCUCAUCUCCCGCUGGACCGGCUCCACGGCGGCGCAGCGCCUCCACGCGUCCACACGGUUUCUUCGAGUGUGGAAGGAGUGGAGGAAGUCUCAUCUGAAUGCGAGUGCGUGGGCGGAGUGGACGGAGCAGCAAGUUUCCAAAGUGUGGUCUUUCUUCGGUGUCGGCACAGAGGAAGACGCGGCACAGAAGAUGGUCGCCAUGGAAACCAUGAUGAUCGACAACAAUCAGGGAUUAUUUGGAGCCUCCAGGGCCGUGCGCAGUCCACGGCCUCCCUAUGUCUUCCUGCGGGUGGGCGAGGUGGUGAUGGACAGGAAGGCACGCCGGGUCGGGGUGGUGGUCAGCUGGGACCCCGAGAUGCGGGCCCCCGCCGAGUGGGUGGAUAGGGUGUACGGGGAUGCGGAGGACCGUGCAGCAGAGAAGACGCCACACUACAAGGUUCUGUUCAGCGGGCCCAGACCGGCAUCUCUGUUGGUGGCCUACCUGCCCCAAACGCAACUCAAGCGCAUCCGAGGCACGCAGCCGGACAUUCCCACCUUGGAGAAGUACUUUGAACAUUUUGACGGCGAGCGCUUCAUCCCGCUGCCUUGGCUCCGAAAGAUCUUCCCCGAGGAUGACACCGAGGAUGCCUGAGCCAGCGCCUCAUGGGAUGGGCCUGCCCAUGGGUCCCCUUCUAAGCACCAGCGACCCGGAUGUAUUUUACAGUACAGUACUGUGGGAAAGUACUGGCUACUUGCAAUACAUGCAAUACUUCAUCCCAAACACGCUAGCUCCAUCGGUUUUGGUGAGAAAUCAUUGCAAAUGUUCAUAAUGUAUUGCUAUUCAUCCAGUGGUGGCCCAGUCCUUUUGCACAGUGCUGUACUUCAUGAUUUGCCAAGAAACAAACAACAUUGAAAGACAGGCUUAAUGUCCAGCUAUCAAUGUAUCAAUGCAAAUAAACCAUAAACACGUCUAAUCUUAAAAACUAAUCUAAAAAACUGUUAAAAUGUCAACAGUGGUGGCCAUCAUCCUACGUGAGACAUGAACUCUGUGUGUUGUAAAGAUACACAAAGAGGUACAAAGAGGCAGCUAAUGGAUGCAUGUCAUGGGACACCACUAUUGGGCCUAGCAAGGCGGCUAUUCAAAGAGAUCCAAGAUGCUGUGAGCAUGUAGUAACAGAUACAUGGAUGCUAACAUGUCAUACUUGGAGUAUUUUAGAAGAAUUUCCUUCCUGGGUGCAUUGAUGUCACAUAGCAACAUAGAAAGACAGGCCACACCUAGCCUCCAAUACUAAAAUGUACAUAUUUUAGUGUUACCUUUGGCUAUUGGCCUUAGGCAUUGGGAGCCAACGUGUGUUGACGCUAGCUACUAGCUAGCCGCUGUGGUAUGGCGAGUACCAGUACCGUAAUUCUUGGGUGUAACAAUGUUCAUAAGAAUAAUUAGGUGAUGCAAUGUCAGCAGACAUUGAAAAGCUGAAGCCAAACUGAAACACUUUGAAAGGGUGCAAAAAUGAACACCACCAGAGCCAUUUGGAAGCCCAAUUGGGACUGAAUAUGCUAAAAGGUAGAAUGAACGUAAAAGUAUAUUGGUAGUUUGAGCUCAAAUCAGGAAUUGAACCAACCAUCUCUGUGUGGAUCCAAGCGCUCUAACAGCUGUGCUAACGACUAAUUAGCCACCCUUGGGCCCAGUGGGAGUUCUAUCGUUGUGGACUCCAACAGAGCAGCUACACACCACAACCAGCACACAAAGCUUUAGAUCUCUUCCAGAAUCUGCACCUAUUCCGGCUGGAUUUCAUGGUUCCUGUGCAAAUGGUCUCUUCCACCCACGCCCCUCCCCCUUUGCUGCGGUUGGUCACACAGCCAUAUGUGUUGGAUACUGAAUCAAUCCGGAAGUAGAGACUGGACGGUCCCAAGUUUCUCAAGAAAAGAGGUUCAAGGCACCUCUCAAUGAUGGAAGAAAGCUUUCUUCUCCCACCUGAGAUGUUUUUCCACCACCAUCAUCCUUCAAUGGAACGAUGGAGCUACGUGGAGGAAUAAGCUGACUCUUUUGGUGCAUUUCUUUUUUUUGCAUUUUCAAUCUCUACUUGGAAGAUCCAACAGUGUAAAACAUACAUUCUUCACACAUUUAAGGAGUGUAUGCGUCACAAGCCUUUUUAGCCCCAACAUGUUAGACUUUCUUCCUGCUUCCUUCCUGCAGUCGGAAGUAAACGGACACCAGUGAAGAGGUGGUGAUGGUGGGUAUCGGAGGAAGCAGGGCGGCAGCAGCGUGGGGGGUGUCCGCACCCCACCGGGCACCGUCCUCAUCCUUGCCCCGCCAUUCCCGUGUGUCCGUCUCUCGGAUCAGGGUGGGCGCUCCCAGACUUUGUCCCAGCAGCUGGCUGAUCUUGCUGGCCUUCUGCUGGGCGUUGUCCACUGCUGAGACGCACACACUCUGCCUGCACACAGUAUACGUAUGUACUGCAAAUAAGUCA